CAGCGGUGGCAGGCGGCAGCGGGGCGUCUGCGCCGCGAGUAUACCGCGAGUCACGACCACGUUGGUAGUCCGGCGUCAAACUCACCGGUGUUAGGUUUAUAUUUCAGUGACGGUCAGACCGAUGUCGGUCUCGCAAACGUGCGAGAUUAUAUUUUUCACGGGAAUAGUAUAAUUCGCAGUGGUAGUGGUUUUUUGUGUUUUUUUCCCACGCUCACCGUUUUAUGAAUUUCGUUUUUUCGUACAAUAACUGUACGAUAUUUUUGCUGGAUUAAGCAGAUAAUAACGACAGUUAUAAUAUAUACGGGACGUCGGAUAUUACUUACAAUCGAGUUACCGAAUUUUCAAUCUCAAAAACCUCUGAACUCAAGUGCAUUAAUAAUAAUAAUAAUCGUAUUAUCAAUGUUGUUCGUUGGGACGCGUAGUACGUCUUCGCGUCUACCGGUCGGAUGUCUGUUAGCAUUGUGAUAACGCUACCGAAACUACGAGCAAAGCGGUUUCGGUUUUCCAAAAUAACGACACUCGUUUUCGUCUGUAAGCGAUUACAGCUACACACCCACACACGCAACACCGAUCCAAGUCUAGCCGAGCCGCAGCCGCAGCAACAACUGCCGCCGGCGAGAUAGCCGACGGAAUAAUAUUAUUAAAAUAUUAUAAUUUACUGGAAACAACUGGCACAGCGACAACAGGCAACAACUGGCGGUGGCUGACGACUACGACAACAUCGCCGAGACCACGCACCCGGAAAUGGCGCUGAUCGUCCCGGAAGAAUCGCAACGGCCGUACCGGUUUGGCAUGACGCUAGUGUGCAUCGGCGCCCUGUUCAACUGGCUCGGGUUGGCCGACCACCACACGAAGCCUGUUCCGGCCGUCCGGUACAUCGGUGUCGGUUUGGUCGCCUCGGGCGCAGUGCUCAUAUGCAUGGCCAUGUGUUUUUGGAUGAACAGUGUGCGCGACGACGAAGACGACGAGUCGAUCGACCACAUCCACGUGAUAUCACUGGACCCGCCGAUGCGGCUGGACGAGAAGCCGCCGGACUACGCAUCAGUGGUGGACGUGCCUCCGCCCAGCUAUGACGACGCGAUCAAGUUGGACCCUCAGCGGCUGAUGGACAGUGGCCACCGGGUGGCGAGGGACACCUGCGCCAUAACCGUGGUGCCGCCGGACGAGUGCGACAAGACGUCGUCGGCCAACGAGGUGGCCGACACGACAGCAGCGUCGCAGCCGACGAUCAAGCUGGCGCAGGCCAUCCGGAAGAGCAUACGCGACAUACGCAAGCAACUGACGAACACGGUGAGCGACGGGGCGGCGGACGUGGAGCAACAGCAACAGAGCGGUUCCGCUGUCCACAACAUCAGCGACGCCGCCUCGGCCGCUCUCCGCAAGUCCGACGCUCAGGCCGCAGCCACCAACGCGGCCACGACCGACUAGAGUGCAACACUGUCAUUAUCGAUGUAUUGAUAUUAUAUUUUGAUUGAUUGCGAUACAUCGUUAAUGACGUUACGUUGCUACUGCUUUAUUGUUACGGUCCAUGCGCGAACGCGUUUUUCUUUCACAAGACUGAAAUCACAAAACUUUAUAUAUUAUUAUAAUAAUUAUUAGGUACGAUUUAAUAUUAUAACCUAUUAUAAUAUAUUAUCAUUAGAUAUAAGGUUUAUAUUUUGUCAAUUGGUUUGCACGCGCUUUGUGCAUUUCGAUAUAGGUACUGCAGUGAUGCCGUUACCCGAAAGCGUUGUGAUUUUCCCAAUAUUUAUUGUUAAAAUAUUAUUAUUGUCAUUGUUAUUAGAGUAAACAUACCCUAUCAUUGUCGCCUAAGUUAUAAUAUUGGUAAUUCGAGAAGUAACGGCCACGAAAUCGUCGACUCCUGUAUCCUGUAUAAUUAUAUUGAAAUAUUGUUCCCAUCAACAAGUCGAAAUACCUUUGUUAAUACUCAAUAAUAUAUUAUAACAUUCAUAAAAAUAAAAAUGUUUAACGUCACAUACGAUGUGUUGAAAUGGUGCACGAAACACACUUGUUUAAUUUUACCUUCUUUCCAUUGUACAUAAUAUUUUGUAAUGAAAAUAUAAUGUUAUGCUUUGUAUACUUA